AUGAUGAACAGUAUAUCGAGUUUUAGCGAUAAUUAUGAUGUUAAGGAGGAACUUGGAAAAGGUGCAUUCUCAGUUGUACGCCGUUGUGUUCAUAAAAGAACAGGUGUUGAGUUUGCUGCAAAGAUUAUUAAUACGAAAAAAUUAUCAGCUCGAGAUUUCCAAAAGCUCGAACGAGAGGCGCGGAUCUGCAGAAAACUUCAACACCCAAAUAUCGUAAGAUUGCAUGAAAGCAUACAAGAAGAAACAUUUCAUUAUCUCAUUUUUGAUUUAGUUACUGGAGGAGAAUUAUUUGAAGAUAUAGUAGCCCGAGAAUUUUACAGUGAAGCUGAUGCCAGUCAUUGUAUACAACAAAUUCUGGAAUCAAUCGCUUAUUGCCAUCUUAAUAAUGUGGUUCAUCGUGAUUUGAAGCCAGAAAAUCUAUUAUUAGCUAGUAAAGCGAAAGGUGCUGCUGUAAAACUGGCGGAUUUUGGGCUUGCAAUAGAAGUGCAAGGUGAUAUUGAAGCAUGGUUUGGUUUCGCUGGAACGCCUGGUUAUUUAUCACCAGAAGUUCUUAAAAAAGAUCCAUAUGGAAAACCUGUUGAUAUAUGGGCAUGUGGGGUUAUACUAUAUAUUUUAUUAGUUGGUUAUCCUCCAUUUUGGGAUGAAGACCAACAUCGACUUUAUGCUCAGAUUAAAGCUGGAGCUUACGAUUACCCAAGUCCGGAAUGGGACACAGUGACACCUGAGGCGAAAAAUCUUAUCGAUAAUAUGUUAACAGUCAAUCCAAAGAAACGUAUCACUGCUGAGCAGGCUCUUAAAGUUCCAUGGAUUUGCAAUCGUGAACGUGUGGCUUCCGUUAUGCAUAGACAAGAUACGGUCGAUUGCUUGAAGAAAUUCAAUGCUAGGAGAAAACUAAAGGGAGCAAUUCUGACAACAAUGAUCGCAACUCGUAAUUUAUCAAGUAAGUUAUUUUUUAAAAUAAAUAUUUUGGAAAAAAACUCGAAAAAAAUCUUUUAA